GCUAGCUUUCAUGUGCCGCCGUCGUCCAAUAAAACAGAAGAGAGCCUGCCUGCAAGUCGUCUAAUCUUGGGCGAGGUGUCAAUCAUGUUCAUUCAGCGGUUGAAGUGCGGGUUUUGGUAACCGCCUCCUUUACGCCUGGAAGGGAGUCGAAGCCGGGAAAGCUUUCUACCGAUCAAAGGCUAGUGUGGCGCUGUUGCCGUAGGAUGUACUGAGCGCAGCCUGCUGCUUUCUUUACGGACGCUUCUUGUAUCGUCUGGAUAUCGCUGAUUUCUGGAUUAUAAAUACAUUUGAUGGUUUUCAAUCCCAACUCAAUGCAGAGAAAUGGGUAAACUUCACUCGAAACAUGCUGCGAUUUGUAAACCGAGGGAGAGUCCGGAGGGCGACAGUUUUGUAGUUAAUGCCUGUUUGGCAAGGAAAGGAAUUGACGAUUGGCUCGUGAAACAGAAAUACUAUUGCACGGGCUCGCGGCUUGAGCAACAGGACUGUCACCACACGAAUAAGUGCGGCUUGUCUACUCGGGAUGUGUUGGACAAGGCGUGUGCAGAGGGGAUCAGUGAUGAACAUUACCGUUUAGAAGUGGCUCUGCCCCCGGAGAAGAUGGUGGACAGUUGCUGUGUGGAGGAGAAGAUGCAGGGAAGAGAGAGCCAGGCGCCCGCAGGGACACAGAAACAGCUCCAGUUUGAAGAGCUUGAGUGUGCCGUCUCUGUAGAGGAAGACAACAGACAGGAGUGGACGUUCACGCUGUAUGAUUUUGACAACAAUGGCAAGGUCACCAGAGAGGACAUCACCAGCCUGCUCCACACCAUCUAUGAGGUGGUAGACACGUCGGUCAACCAUUCCCCCAGCAGCAGCAAGACGCUGCGGGUCAAGCUCUCCGUGGCCCCCGACUCCAGCCAGCGCUGGCGGAGCUGCACGCAGGGCCCCGCAGACAUGCCCCUCCCCAGAACCAAGACUGACAAGUGCAUUGAAGACCUUAAAAGUGCAGAGAAGAAGUCUCGAGCCCUCCUCAGGCGCCAUCACAGUGACCACCACACUGUCCAGCACCAGGUUCUGACCCAGCAGGGUCAGAGUCAGGGCUGUCAGCGCCACUGUGUGGAUGAGAACCUGGAGCGCAGGAACCACUACCUAGACCUGGCCGGCAUCGAGAAUUACACAUCCCGCUUCGGAGCAGCCCCCACCACAGAGCCUGUGAAAGCAGAGCCACAGACCCGACCAUCGAACCAGACCAGGUCUCGCUCUCAUGAACCAGAGAAUGGCCACUCCUACCCCCACCACCGCCGCUCGCAGGUGGCCAUGGAGAGCAGCACCGCUCCGGGCCCAGACACUCUUUGUCCCCCACGACCAGGUAAAGACUCAGGUAAACACGCCCUGCGCUCCCCUAAGACCCACAGCCGCACGCACCCCACACAGACCACCACGGGCAGGGUGAUGAGGAGUAGAGGGGCCCCACCUCCCCCGGCCCUGCCCAGCCAGACCCCCCCUCACCAGUCCUCAGCCCCCUACCGCAGGCACAAGCAGAGGGCCAAGGAGGGCCAGCAGCAGUACCGGGCCUUGGGGUCUCUGGGGGCUCCAGUGGGGCCUGUGAUGGAGAAGGAGCAGGUGAGGGACCUUCCCAGUGUGCUCCUCUAUGAAGGAGGGCUGGCCCAGAUGGUUCAGAGGCACGAGCAUCAUCACCACCAUGAACACCACCACCAUUACCACCACUUCUACCAGUCCUGAGCCAGCCAGCCAGCCCGCUGCCGUGCUGCCCCCGGCCCCAGAGCACCUUCUCACAGCCCCACCUCCACCUGGCUCCACAGCCAGGACAGUAGACUGUGCAGACAGGCAGGCCCCUCCCACAAAGGACAGCAACAGCACAGCCAGAACUGUGUCACUGUCAGGGGGUGCUGGGUCUUGCAUUGCCACAAGAGCUGGCCCUGUGGGCUGAGAGGACAGGACAUCAGGAGGAUUGAGUUGGACAGACAUGGAGGUGCAGGGUGAAGAGGGUUAUUAUGGGGUUGUCCAGGCAUGAAGAGUCCCUGUGAGGCAGCGGGACAGUGUCUUGGUCUUCAGGCAUGCCAGGAUCCAGGAGCAGGACAGGGCAGAGGGAUGUAAUUGGGGAACCAGGAGCAGGACAGGGCAGAGGGAUGUAACUGGGGAACCAGGAGCAGGACAGAGAAGAGGGAUGUAACUGGGUAACCAGGAGCAGGACAGGGCAGAUGGAUGUAACUGGGGAACCAGGAGCAGGACAGGGCAGAGGGAUGUAACAGGGGAACUAGGAGCAGGACAGGGCAGAGGGAUGUAACUGGGGAACCAGGAGCAGGACAAGGCAGAGGGAUGUAACUGGGGAACUAGGAGCAGGACAGGGCAGAGGGAUGUAACUGGGGAACCAGGAGCAGGGCAGGACAGAGGGAUGUAUCUGGGGAACCUGAGAGGCACAGAAGGAGAAAAGAGACUUGGCUGUAAUCCUUCAGAGGACUCCUCUCAUCCCUCUCUGUCUGUCUGGUUCUCUGAAACCCUCUACUGUGAUGGACUAACUGACUUUAUGAAGCCAUACGGGCCCCGCCAUCUUCACAGACCUCUGAGUUUUGGGGAAGGGGAAUGAGAGGUGAGGGGCUGGUUUGGAUGGAAAGACUGUGAUGUAAAAAUAUAAAAUAUAUGAAGGAAAAUAGAAAUGCCCAGUGUCCAGUGAGUUUGUGUUAGAGAGAGAGAGCAUGUGUGUAUUUUGUGUGUGUGUGCGAAAGAGAGAAAAAUAAUGUGUACAUUUGUGUGUAUGAAUAUACAGUGUGUGUGUGUGAGAGCAUGUGUGCAUUGGUUCAAUUGAAUGUUUGCGUAUGUGUGUGUGUGUGUGUAUGUAUAGUAUCCGUGUGUCUGUGUGCAUGUGUUCCCUGUCUGUUGUGACACCCCUGUCGCCACUGAAAACCACUUGAAAAGCACUUGUGGGUGCAGUUGCAUUGGAGACACUUUGGGCUGUCAGAACAGAGGACAGACAGGCAUCAGAUGGAGAUGAAGAAGACAAGAUCAUCCAGCUCCUGACUCUCACAUGCAAUACAGGACACUCCCUGAGAGAAAAAUGUUGAAAUGUUCAGUGAGAAUAGAAGACUGUAAUCAGCUGCUACCUCUGGUGUUAUUAAUGGAAUUGUUGUUAUUAUUGUUAUUAUUCAGAUGUUAUUUUUCAGUUACAUUUUGUUUUAUUUUUUAAAGAUGCCACAAUCUGCAGUCGUGUAGUGUUGAAACGCUCCUACAUAUUUUACCUAUAUAUUGUAUGUACACGUUUAACACAGGUAUAUUAUCAACAUUAUAAGCUUAAUUUAUAAUGUGAUAGGUUUGUAUCAACAAUCUAAAUCCUAAUUUCUUUCUCCCUCAACCCCAUAUUUCCCCUAUUGAAAGACCACUCUGUAUACAAUUUAGACCAUCAAAGAUACAACUCUGACUCACCACACACAGUUCUUUCACACAAAUGGUCAGUGUACACCUUCUCAAGUACAUCUCUGCUUUCUGAAUAGUGUCUGUCCAAUCGUUGUGGUUAGCAGUUCACAGUAAGGCUCUUUCUCAUUAGCUGAAUCAUAAAUAUGUGAUGGUUGACAAUCCACAGCAGUCCCAUGAUCCUCCAGGUCUGAUCAUACCACAUGACCCUAACCGCUGUCCACCCAUGGGGCAUCCCCCUGUCCCCAGCUGUCAGCACCCGUUUCACCAGGACGCCAUCAUGCCAUGUGUCCCCAGCACUCAGGCAACAAGGCUCUGUUUAUGACGCUGGCUGGGCGGGCUGGGCCGGGGUGGAGGCUCUCAGCUGUCUGUCUCAUUCCUCUGCUGCUAGGUGACACCAGGCCCGGCCCGCAGGCUCCACCAGGACCAUAACUCACCCUGCUGAAGGCCUGCUGUCGGGCAGGCAGCUCCAACCACACAGGACCUCUCAGAUCCUCUUCCACCCUAGGUGAACCAUCAGAGCCCUACACCACUGUUUAGGACAGGUCACUACAGUAUGCCUGCAUCUGGGUCCAGGAGCUCCUGACUGAAUAUCAUCUGGCCAGGGUAAAGGGGAAAAUACUGUAAUCAGCAAUGUUCCCUCAUUUUUUUAAGUCACUGAGCAAAUUUCAGGUCUGCUGAGCGCAAACUUGAACGUUGUUAAAAUUCUGUGCAACUUCCAG